CUCUGGGCAGCAAAGUGACGUGGAAAGUGUGUCAAAUUGAUGCAAAUGCAAUGCUAGAUUGUGUUGUAAACUUUGUCGCGUUGUUCAAACUACCGAGUCGGAAGAGUAGUUAAAAUGUUAGAAUUUGUGGUGAUAUUCACCAAGGGUGGUGUGGUGCUGUGGCACACGAAUGUGUCCGGAAACAGCUUCGCCUCCUGCAUAAACAGCCUGAUACGUGGCGUCAUCCUGGAGGAUCGAAACACAGAGGCCAAGUACUUCGAGGAAGACCAUCUGGCUGUGCAAUUUAAGCUGGAUAAUGAACUAGACCUAGUCUACGCGGCCAUUUUCCAGAAGGUGAUCAAACUGAACUACCUGGAUGGCUUCUUGGCGGACAUGCAGACGGCCUUCAAGGAGAAGUACGGCGGCAUUCCCGCGUCAGAGCAACUGGGCGGCGACUAUGAUUUCGAUCGGGAAUACCGCCGGGUGCUCAGUGCCGCCGAGGAGGCGUCAGCAAAGCAGGUGAAGGCCCCUAAGGCCAUGCGCUCCUACAAUGAGUCGCAGAAGUCGAAGAAAACUGUUGCCUCAAUGAUCCAGGACGAUAAAAAACCGACCGAGAAGCGGGUCAAUAUCCAGGAGAGUCCGCCGCCCACCAAGUCGCAACCCUCGUCCCCGCAAUCUGCGUCCGCCGUCAACAUGGACAAACUCAUCCGGCGGAAGCUACGCGAGAAGCUCACGCCCACCAAGAAAACCUCGCCCAGCGAUUUGAAGCCCAGCAAAUCCACCUCUUCCGAGAAGGCCGGCAAGAAGCCACGCGUCUGGGAUCUAGGCGGCAAUUCCAAAGACGCCAUCAAUCUAGAUCGCUCCAAGGAUGCGCCUGAGGAUGUGCAGUACCAGAACAUCAACACCGAGCUGGUUGGCACAAUGCAAGGCGUAAUCCGCGACCUGGACGUGGAGAGCGAGGACGAAGAUGAGAACGAGGAGGAGUCUUCUGAUGAGGAGGAGGUGGUGCAAACGAAGAAGAACAAACGCGGCGGCCUACUUUCUUAUUUCAAGGGAAUUGUGGGUGGCAAGACCAUGACGUUGGCUGAUCUGCAGCCGGCGCUGGAGAAGAUGCGAGACCAUCUGAUAUCGAAGAAUGUGGCCACAGAGAUUGCGGCCAAGCUUUGCGACUCGGUGGCCACCAGCCUGGAUGGCAAGCAAAUGGGCACCUUCGACAGCAUAGCUAGCCAGGUAAAGGAGGCUUUAACCCAAUCGUUGGUGAGGAUUCUCUCCCCGAAACGGCGCAUCGACAUCAUUCGCGAUGCCCUGGAGUCAAAGCGAAACGGUCGACCAUAUACAAUUAUCUUUUGUGGUGUAAAUGGUGUGGGGAAGUCCACUAACCUGGCAAAGAUCUGUUUCUGGCUGAUCGAGAACGACUUUAACGUCCUUAUCGCCGCCUGCGAUACGUUCCGCGCCGGUGCCGUUGAGCAGCUGCGAACACACACCCGCCACUUGAACGCCCUGCAUCCGGCGGCCAAGCACGAUGGUCGCACUAUGGUGCAGCUGUACGAGAAGGGGUACGGCAAGGAUGCUGCCGGCAUCGCCAUGGAGGCCAUCAAGUUCGCCCACGACACACGGGUGGACGUGGUGCUCGUAGACACCGCCGGACGCAUGCAGGAUAAUGAGCCGCUGAUGCGAUCGCUGUCCAAACUGAUCAAGGUGAACAACCCAGAUCUGGUGCUCUUCGUGGGCGAAGCGCUGGUGGGCAAUGAGGCCGUCGAUCAGCUGGUCAAGUUCAACCAGUCGCUGGCCGACUACUCCUCCAACGAGAAUCCGCACAUCAUCGACGGCAUCGUGCUGACAAAGUUCGACACCAUUGACGACAAGGUGGGCGCCGCCAUCUCCAUGACCUACAUCACCGGCCAGCCAAUUGUGUUCGUAGGCACGGGUCAGACGUACGCCGACCUCAAGGCGAUCAAUGUAAAUGCCGUGGUCAACUCUCUGAUGAAGUAAAUCCCUUUAUCCAUUCAACACCUUUCCAAUUUCCAAUGCUCUUUGUUUAUAUGUCCUUUUGACCCAAUCAAAUACAGUUCGUUUUUCUAUUUUGUUGUUGAGUAA